UUGUAGUUCUUCGGAUUUAAACUAUGUCGAAGAGAGGACGCGGUGGAGCAUCGGGAGCGAAAUUUCGUAUUUCGUUGGGUCUUCCGGUUGGUGCUGUCAUGAAUUGCGCCGACAACACUGGCGCUAAAAAUCUUUUCGUAAUUGCUGUAUAUGGAAUUAAAGGACGUUUGAAUCGAUUGCCAAGUGCUGGUGUCGGUGAUAUGUUUGUUGCUUCCGUAAAGAAGGGCAAACCUGAACUGCGGAAAAAGGUUCUACAAGCAGUGGUUGUGCGACAACGAAAACAAUAUCGGCGGAAGGAUGGUUCAUUCAUCUACUUCGAAGAUAAUGCUGGCGUUAUUGUAAACAACAAAGGUGAAAUGAAAGGCUCGGCCAUUACUGGGCCGGUAGCCAAGGAGUGUGCGGAUCUGUGGCCCAGGAUUGCUUCAAACGCUGGGUCGAUCGCAUGAAAACUGUUGUUUUUUGUUAAUCAAGCGAUUUGAAUAAAACGAUUCACUAAUAUCCUUCCUUUGCUGUCCUGAAUAGCCAGUAACAUUGCAGCAUUUUUAAAUAUCUUGUUAUCUUCAGAGGUAUAGAGUUAUUCGGAAAUCCGGUAUGAACAGUAAUAGUGAAGUUAAUGUGUUUCAUUCUUAUCAACCAGUUGAAGCUCUCUUUUACCUUCUAUAGCACUGAGAAUUGGUAAAUCACUAUACUCACAUUUUGGUGAAUUUUAUGGAUCCUGUUUCAUCG